AUGACAUCAGAAAAGAUCCCCGACGUCUACGGACCGGGCACCUUCACCGACAAGACGUUUACACCGGUACCUGAAGACACUCAGCGGAUUUUUCGUCUCAUCGCGAGCCAGACUCCUGGAUUCACACAAGAUGAGCGCUCGCUCUCCAAGGUCAAGUUCAUUGGAGAGUCAUACCCCGUCAUCCCUGGCCCCAUCAAGGCUGUCUCUGUUGCCGCUGCUCUACACGCAAUGACUGGUGUACUCGCCGAUGAAAUUCUGGCCAUUCGCGGGUUGAAUAACGAAGAGCGACGAAUCACCGUGAACACCACACAUGCAGCAGUCUGGUUCGGAUGCAUCGCAACAGUUUUCCUCGAUGGCAUUGAUGUGGUUAGCAUGGUCAAGCAGGGCAAGCUUAAGGGCCUCCUACCUGAUUGGGAGCAAGGCUGGACAGACACUGCUCUCAAAUAUCGCACAACUGGACUGUACCCCACGAACAACCCUGAAGUGUGGUAUUCCCUCCACGGCAGCAUGAACGCUAAGCCGGUUUUGCACUCCAUCGGUGUCGAUCCCUCAACUCCGAUCAAGUCCAACGAUGAGGCUGCGGCGCAUAUUGCUCAGCACACUGCCAAACUGAGCCCCGAAAAGAUGGAAAUGACAAAUCUCAUCAAUGGGUUCUGUGGCAGCAUCUGUUUCACUCCGAAGCAAUGGCGAGAGUCUGAAAUGGGCCGUUCGCUUGGCAGACACCCCUUGGUUAACGUGAAGAAGCAAGACCAGGCAGUUCCCACGACGCCUGUUGCUUUCCCACCUCUGAAUCCCAACGACAAGCGACCUUUGGCCGGUGUCAAGGUCAUUGAGAUGACCCGCGUCAUCGCCGGCCCAGAGAUUGGAACCAUUCUAGCGGCAUAUGGUGCGGAAGUGAUCCGCGUCAACCCUCCUCAUUUGCCCGACAUCAACAUCAUGCAACUUUCCCUCAAUGCCGGCAAGCGUACAAUCGCGAUCGAUCUCCGCAACGAGAAGGACGCAGCACUGCUAAAGUCGCUCGUCUCUGAGUGUGACGUCUUCGUCCAAGGCUUCCGCAUCAACAAGAUGCCCAAAUUUGGUCUCGGACUGAACGAUCUCUUGAAGAUGGCUGGCGAGCGUGGUCGUGGUAUUGUCUAUGUGACUGAGAACUGCUACGGCCCUGACGGAUACUACGCCGAGCGACCUGGCUGGCAACAAAUCGCUGAUGCUGCAGCUGGAUCGGCCUACGUUACAGGGAAAUCGCUGAACCUGCCCAACAACGAGGCUGUAUUGCCCAGUUUGCCCAUUUCCGACAUGUCGACUGGUGUUUUGGGCGCAGUCGGCGCUAUGCUUGGUCUGAAGCGACGUGCGGUUGAGGGAGGAAGCUACUAUUCGCACGCCAGCCUUACUGGCGUAAACGCUUAUGCUCUUACUGAGGAUGUCGGCCUUUACCCCCAAAGCACGGUCGAGGAAUGCAAGCAGCGCUUCCAGUGGGGUGAAAUGAGAGGAGCUCAUCACGUCCUGGACCUUCUAGUCACUGUCUGGAAUGGAUGGAAGAAGGUCCUUGGCGACUACUUGAAGCCUGAUGGUGAUUGGUUCCAGAGCUUCGAUGGCAGCACAUUCGACAAGAAGCGAUUGACUAUCCUGAGACCCGUGGUAAAGUUCGAGGGAGAGUCAGAGACAACCCCGGAAUGGAAGACACCAAGUGUACCUUACGCGUACGAGAAAGCAGAGUCUGUCAAGUUUUUGUAA